CUCAUAAUCGUGGCCUCUUUUCUCUACGACCCACCGACCACCGACGUCGUCAAAUUCUCCAUUCCUCUUUUCCUUUCAAAGCCCUUUUUUCUGCGCAAGACUUGAUUCACAAGAUACAAUUUGGAUGUAUCUUCACUCCUCUGAUUAGUUAUUCAGAUCAACCACAGCUUUGUUUACAUCUCUUUUAGAGCGUGGUGGUAGGCAAUGGGAUAUGCAAAUGGUCUUCUAUGUCCACUAGGGAAGCAGCCACUUCUCUCUUUUGGUGUCAUCUCAGAUGUCCAGUAUGCUGAUAUUGAUGACGGCUCCUCAUUCCUUGGUGUUCCUAGGUAUUACCGGCACAGUGUUAGUGUGUUGCAAAGGGCAGUUAAGAAAUGGAAUCAAGAAAAGCCUAAGUUUGUUCUUAAUUUUGGGGACAUUGUCGAUGGGUAUUGUCCCAAAGACCAGUCAAUGAUUGCUGUCAAGAAAAUUGUUGAUGAAUUUGACAAAUUCAAUGGCACUGUCUAUCACAUGAUUGGGAACCACUGCCUUUACAAUCUUCCUCGAAAGGACUUGCUUCCAUUGUUGAGAAUCCCUGGCCAUGAUGGUCAUGCCUAUUUCGAUUUUUCUCCAACUCCGGAGUACAGAUUUGUAAUCCUAGAUGCUUAUGAUAUCAGUGCCAUUGGUUGGCCGGAAGAUCACCCAAAUACUUUGAAGGCCUUGAAAGUUCUUCAGGAGAAAAACCCAAAUUCAGACAAAAACAGUCCAAGUGGACUUGUGGGACUGGCAAGAAGGUUUCUCAUGUUCAAUGGAGGUGUUGGGAAAGAACAAUUGGAAUGGCUGGAUCAUGUCCUUCAGGAAGCUACCAAGUUGAAUCAAAAUGCAAUAGUGUGUUGCCAUUUGCCUUUGGAUCCUGGAGCUUCAUCUUUUGCAGCGUUGUUGUGGAACUAUGAUGAAGUGAUGGAUGUGAUACAUCGCUAUAGCUGUGUGAAGGUCUGUAUGGGUGGACACGACCAUAAAGGUGGACAAUCAGUUGACUCCCAUGGUGUACAUCAUCGCGUCCUUGAAGCAGCUCUUGAGUGCCCUCCUGGUACUGAUUCUUUCGGACACAUAGAUGCUUUUGAUGAUAGAUUAUUACUUUUUGGUACUGAUAGAAUGAAGAGCACUGAGAUGGUUUUUCGUCACUAGACCAUCUUGUUUGUUGCAACAAAAAGUAAUC